GCACGCAGGCCGGGGUAGAGGGUGUGAAACAGCUGAGGUACUGCACGAGCUGCGGAGUGGACGCCAUGGAAGUUGACCCGUUGUCGGUGACGUUCCGAUGGCAAAUCAACGGCUUCUCCAAGCUGAGAGAGCGGGAGGUUCACUCCAACACCUUCCUGGUUGGGGGGUACAGCUGGCGGCUAGUGAUGUACCCGGAAGGGAACAAGGAUUCAAAGGGCUUGUCGUUGUUCCUUGGCGUGGCGAAUGCCUCAACGCUGCAGCCCGGUUGGACCAAGCGCGUGGACUUUGCGUUGACUGUCAGUUUGACCGGACAAAGUCAGUGCGGAGAG